AUGGGUCGCGACGCGCUCUCGCGCCGGUGGACCACGGCGGCGCGGACGACGGCGCUGGGGAUGAUUGGAUUAAUUACCCUCGAUCGGGCGCGCGCGGACGCGGACGCGUUGGACGCGCGCGCGAGGGCGCGGAUGACGAUUGGAUUCUUCGACGACGCGCGCGCGUCCGAGGGCGCGAUGCGAUUCACGCACGACGCGGAUGUCGAGCGGGAUUCCGAGGACGGGGUGUCGAGCGAGGGGACGGGGAAUCCGGGGAUGAUUUACGCGCGCGCGUUCGACGAGAGCGGGGGGUCGGGUUUUCGUCUGGGGGCGGAGGACGCGGUGGUGACGCGGAUGCUGGCGCCGCCCGCCGCGGCGCGGUAUUGGUCGUGGUCCGUCUAUUGCUCCAUGCGAGGGAGUCGCGUGGUGUCCGCGAUCGCGGGAUGGCCGAUAAACUCCGCGAACGUGGUCGCGGAUGAGGAUGGAUGGAUCGUUCUCGUGGCGACGAGAUCGAUGGAGGCGUUCGAGGCGGUGCGCGAGGCGUACGCGGAAUCCGGUUUCGCUCCGGAAGCGGUAAAUCUGAGCCCGCUGUUCGGUGAAGUGCGAUACGGCUCGAUGUUCGGCGAGGCAGAUUUGCUCUCUGUUUCAUUUCGCGUCGCGUAUUGGCCGAGUGCGAACAGCUCGAUCGUGGGUGCGGAGGACGCGCUCGGGGAGUGGGCGACGCGCGAGUGGCCAGUGACUUUCGCUCGAAGACGGCGAGCGGCGAGAUCCGCGAGGAUUCCGGUCACACAAAUCGAAUCGCCACCGCCCGCGGUCGCACCGCCCGAUAUUGAAGUCGCAUCGUCGGCGUACGCGACGGUGCCACACCCCGAGAUUCUCGUCGGGGGCGGUUUCUCUCGAAGCGUCGGGCGCACCAUUUUAGUGCCAGUCAUCGCGUCGCCAACGCGGUGCAUGUACGACCCGUUCUACAGUCCUUGGUCUGCAUACGGAGUGCGAACAAGAUCGGCGUGCUUCGGUUCGACUUCUGAUGCGCUCUAUUCCGUCUCUGACAACUUCAUACGUCGCCGAGAGCUCACCGCUGAAUGGCUCGUGGUCGUCGCCGGCGUUGACAUUGUAUCGACGCGCCGAGCAACCUUCUCCAACAUCGCCCUCUACGCCACCGGCGGCGCCAUCUCCAGCGCAUUCAGCGCCCGCGACGUACGCAUUCUCGCCGCGAUCGACGACCGUUCCUUCGUUCUUCGAGCGUCGACGUUCGCCGUCGCUUUCGGCUCCUCUCGCUCGGCGUGCCGAAGAGUUUCCGUCCCGUGCGUCGUCGCCAGACCAUGUCCACCCACGGCCUCCCUCUUCAUCAUCGCCAGGGAUUACUUGGACCCUGCCACUGCCACGGCGCCUGAAUCCCGUCCCGAUAUCGAGGUUCGCGUCUACGCGUUGUGA